AUUUCCUUCAUCUGACACUAGAUCUUUUGGGCGAAAUGGGUAAUAAUGGCGGCCAUGAAGCCCUAGUUGACCUCUUGAGCUCACUUUGGACUCGCCCGAUUGACCUGGGGAAGCCGUCAUGAGACUACAGUUGUUCUAACGAGAGCCAUCCACCACGAAUGGACCUCGAUGAGAAUCCGCCGGGGUUUCAACGCGCGAGAACUGCUUGCUUCUCUGGCAUCAGACUCGCGGGCGUACCAGUACCGCCCGCUCCCUUCGCCCAACUCUAUCCGACUGCUCGAAGUUCAUUCUGCGUCCCCAUUCCCCGAAAGCAGCGGGACCAUAGCAGUCUCUCUACGCACGUUUCCCGUCGACGACGCUCCUCCCUUCCAAGCUCUGUCUUACACAUGGGGUUAUCCGUUGAUUCCGGAGUCACGGCCAUCACGGAGCAGCAACUGGCGCCGCCUUGCAUUCGUGCAGCGCGUCCAGGCUAGAACCCCCCGUCUGCUGGAUCCGGAUGGCCACGGUGGGCUUGGGACCACCGUAGGGACACCGUCGCCUCCAAGUUCUCAACUCCAAAGUCUGCCGGUGCUGCGCACAAAAAUCACAGAAAACACUCCGUGUUUCCCGGUGAAGUGCGAGGGUCGAAACAUCCGCGUGACGGCGAACCUGUACGAUGCGCUUGCCAUGUUGUCGCGCCGCAAGCUCCUGGGAUCGGACAAUCCUGCUUCAGGGACGAAAUACAUCUGGGUGGACGCCCUGUGCAUCGAUCAAUCUUCCCUCGCGGAGCGGAAUCAGCAGGUCAACCUAAUGGCGGACAUCUUCAAGGCGGCGCAAGGUGUGAUUGUGUGGCUCGGGGAGGAGGAUGAGUUCACCCAGGACGCGUGCACGGUGAUGGAAAGAAUUGCAGCAGUUCCGAGCCAGAGGUGGCAACAUGUCCCGUACACGGGCUUUUACGACGAGGACGGCUCCUGCUAUCACGAGCUCGGGAUUGAGCCACUGAGCUAUCAGAACUGGCUGGGUCUAAUCGCAUUCAUGAACCGCCCCUGGUUUUCGAGAUGCUGGGUGGUCCAGGAGCUGGCGCUGGCGAGGAAGGCCACCGUCAUCUGCGGGAGUCGAGUGCUGCAGUGGGAGCAACUGGCCAAGACGAUUGAAUUCAUCCGCGCAACGAAGUGGUAUCAUCACUUGUCCAUCGAGAAGAUGCGGCAUAUUCGAGGACUAAGCCGCAGCCCAGGGCCGUACAAGAAGCUUUUGGCAAGCAAUACCAGAUUCGGACUUGAGCCCGUCUAUCUCAAUAACACGCGGAGAGCGCUGCAGUCACGCUCUGAGAGAGAGAGCAGUGGAGGCCCGUCGCUGAGGGUGCUGGUGGAGACGCAUAGGUAUACCGCUGCGACCGAUCCUCGAGACAAGGUAUAUGCUUUUCUCAGCCUGUCGAAUGCAGCAAAGUCCUCCCCAGAGAAGCCCGACGAGAUCAAGCCAAACUAUCAGACUCCUGUCCGGCAAGUGUACACGGAAGCUGCAUGCACUCUUAUCCGGGGCGGUCGGAAUUUGACCCUGUUGUCCCAUGUGCAGGAUCGAUCACUCACCAAGAUCAAAGGUCUUCCAUCUUGGGUCCCGGACUACUCUGUGCCUCUUUCUCCCUAUCCACUUGAAUUCCGAGGGAAGUGCAACUGGUCUGCUUGCGGCCAUCUGAAAUGGAAACCACCCCGUGACGAAACAGUUCUGCGCAGAGGCCUCUUGCCAGUACAAGGCUUCCACAUUGACACCAUCGCCGGAAAAGCCAUCAUGCCGCACGAAGCCACGGAUGCUGGAGAGCCAUGGGCCAGUAUUGUGGAUCUAGUUUUCCAACUCCCAAAUCCCUAUCCGGUGCCAUCAAUUCGGGGAGCCCCAAUCUCACGCCUCGAUGUCCUCUGGCGCACACUCACCACAAACACAUACUCUCGGCAACAUCCAGCUCCUUCUGAGUGUGGAGCCUUGUUCAUCGACUAUAUUCUCAACCUGCAGAUACGACACCGUUUGGCCCCUUGGUCAUCGCACGAUGCCGAUUUCCAGCCACAUCAAACACCCGUCUCUACUCUUACCAAUCCCGAUUGGCAUGGCCUGUUGGCGUCCGAGCCCGCUGAUUCUCCGUACAAUCUCUCCUUCUAUCGAGAUCGGUUGACUGCCCUGGUGGAGAAUAUGUUGUCCAGCGAUUCAUACUCGCCGCUUGCCCUGGCCCAGUUGCAUCAUGAUAUCGAGCACGGAUCCGGAAGAUUGCGACGCCUGUUCCGGACAAAGAAUCUGUUGCUUCUAGGAACUGGCUCCCGGUCUCUUCGAUCGGGUGACGAGGUCUGGAUUUUGGGAGGUGGGAAGGUGCCGUACAUUCUUCGUCCUGUCAAAUGCAGCGCAGAUGGCGACUACUUGGGUGAGAGAACCCAUCGCUUGGUUGGCGAGGCAUAUGUCCAUGGUCUGAUGCACGGCGAUCCACAUCGUUUCGAAAUGGACAUGGUGAAGACAGUUUUGGUUUGAACUCGGACAUUCCUCCGAUGCUUCUCUUCACAGACGGAAUUUAUACUGCGAAAAUUUCUGUAAAUACGUAGGGCAUCGACAUAUACGAACAUCUCACAGAAAGUUGGUUAAAUCUGUACAUAGCGCCCUGGUGGUAGAUGUCAGCAUCAGCUUGGAUCCAGAAAAUGAGAAUAUCAAACGGUACAAAAAUGUACAUCAGACAGAUUUGAGAAGAUAUUAUGGC